AUGUCCGCUCCCGGCACCGCCGACGCGCCCGACAUCGCCUUCCUGCGCAAGCACCUCGUCUUCUACCCCGACUACCCCAAGAAGGGCGUCAACUUCGUCGACAUCUUCCCGCUGCUGCGCACGCCGCUCGCGUUCGAGGGCCUCAUCACGCAUCUCCUCUCGCACAUCUUCACCGUCACGCUGCCGCGCCUGCCCGACGGCCAGAAGAUCGACGCCGUCGUCGGCCUCGACGCGCGCGGCUUCCUCUUCGGGCCCGUGCUGGCGCAGCGCCUCGGCGCCGCCUUUGUGCCCGUGCGCAAGGCCGGCAAGCUGCCGGGCACGUGCGAGCAGGCGACGUACGAGAAAGAGUACGGCACGGACGUGUUCGAGGCGCAGGCCGGCUCGCUGCCCGCCGGCGCCAACGUCAUCGUCGUCGACGACCUCAUCGCGACGGGCGGCAGCGCCAAGGCCGCCGGCGAGCUCGUCGCCAAGCUCGGCGGCAAGACGCUCGAGUACCUCUUCGUCGUCGACAUUCCCUUCCUCCAGGGCGCGUCGAAGCUCGACGCGCCGUCGUACGCCAUGAUCGAUGUCGACUAGAGGCAAUAUAUAAAGUCAUGGUUCAGAGCGCGGGUAAUGGUACAGCGCGACAACUAAAAGGGGCAGCUCGAAAGCGCGGGGGUGAGUGAAGUGAAGGCGGCGUGGCGGCGACGAUGGCGGGAUGGCGCCGAUGGGAAGGUGGGUAUAAGACGCC